UCGAACACUUGUUAUAAAAUCUUCGCAAAGCAAAGAUCAAAUAAUCAGUAGAGAUCACUUAAAACAUUUUUAAGCAAAUUAAAAUAAAAACAUAAUUUUGAUACUAAAUUGAAUAAUAAAGUUCGAUAAAUUUCUAGAAAGCAGCAUCAACACAUGUGUCAAUGAAUAACCGGGCGGACACAAAAGCAAAAUUAUUAGCCAAUUUAAGUUUAUCCAAACACUUAUCAUCAAAAAAAGGUUCCAGAACCAGUAACUGCGGUAAUCGUCUUGAGUUUGCAGUGUUAACGCUCAUACAAAACGUUCCCUGACUAUAAUCAUCCAACUAGGAAAUUUGAACUGAGUAACAAAUUUUUCGAAUUAAUUUGCGACACAACAAAAGCAUCGAAAUGGUUCACAAACAUCGUUCAGCUC